AUGACUACCUCCCUCGAUCAUCUGAAGCAAACUGGUACCGUCGUUGUCUCCGAUUCCGGUGACUUUGAGUCGAUCGACGUGUACAAGCCACAAGACGCUACGACCAAUCCAUCGCUUAUUCUUGCCGCCGCAAACAAACCCGGCUACGCCCAUUUGAUCGAUAAUGCUAUCAAAUAUGCGAAAGCCAAAGGUGGGUCCAUCAACGAGCAAGCCGAUGCUGCACUCGACCGUCUCCUCGUCGAAUUUGGCUCAGAGAUUCUGAAAAUCAUUCCCGGCCGAGUCUCUACAGAAGUCGAUGCCCGUUUGUCGUUUGACAAGGAGGCAACCAAGAAGAAAGCAAAAGAACUCAUUGCGCUUUACGAUUCGGUCGGCGUCAAGAAGGACCGUAUUCUCAUUAAGAUCGCCUCAACAUGGGAAGGCAUUCAGGCGGCCCGCGAGCUGGAACGAGACGACAACAUCCAUUGCAAUCUCACCCUCCUGUUUGGUUUCGGUCAAGCGGUUGCUUGCGCCGAGGCCCAGGUUACGUUGAUCUCUCCAUUCGUUGGACGCAUUCUCGACUGGUAUAAGAAGAGCACUGGCAAGUCCUACGAGGGAGACGAGGACCCCGGUGUCCUGUCCGUGAAGCGCAUUUUCAACUACUACAAACAACAUCACUACAAGACAAUUGUUAUGGGCGCGUCAUUCCGUAACGUUGGAGAAAUCAAAUCUCUCGCCGGCGUUGAUUUCCUAACCAUCUCCCCAUCGCUGCUAGAAGAGCUCAAAUCUUCGACUGAGGUCGUACCGAAAAAGCUCGAUUCUCAAGCUGCCGCCAAGGAGGAUCCCAUUCCGAAAGUUAGCUUUAUCGACAACGAGCCUGAAUUCCGAUGGGCAUUGCUCCAAGACCAGAUGGCAUUCGACAAGUUGCAUGAGGGUAUCAAGAAGUUUGCGGAGGACGGGGAGACCCUCAAGGAGCUUCUCCGUAAGAAAUUGUCUGCCUAA